AUGUCCUAUGUUCAUAACCAGACGCCCGUGGAGAAGGAAAGAGAGGAGUAUAAUGCCUAUUUGAAGAAGAUGCGUGGCAUCGAAGAUGAGAUCGCCACAUGUCAAGGCAAGCAACCAACGCUUGAAAAGGAAUAUGCAGUAAGUUGA